AUGCAGUCGAGUGACAGGACAUACCAAUUCAUAUCAGAUCCAACGCACAAGGAGAAUCUAUCCGGACGGGUGACUGCAGCAUGCCUGAAUUGCCGCAAGAAGAAGAUCAAAUGUAGCGGCGAGGAGAGCUGCAAGCAAUGCAACGAGAAAGGGCUCGUGUGCGAGGGCCCGCCGUCACGUAAGAGACCCCGACGAGACAGUGGACCACCCAGCAACGUCUCGAGCUCGCUAGCCAGCACGAAGGCCCACAACCCAUCAUUCGAGAUUUCUGCCCGUGAACAACGCAGGCCAUCCAUCCCUCUGCAGCAUGAAGACUCCGGCUACUCAAGCCUCAGGCGAUCCACUCCAACGAGCCACUCGCCUGACUUUCCAAACGCGCCUGAGCAAGAAGAGCCACCGCGUGCCUUUGAAUCAGCCGCAACAAUAACGCGGGGGACGCCGGGUUACCGUACAACACCGCCGAGCCGUUCCCACAGCGUUACUGCACCAACGGUCGCGCAAUUCACAUUCAGCGCCGACUACAAUACACACUGGGAUGGAACGAAGGCUUCCUCUGCCGGUGCAAUGCCCACCGAGUGGGGUUUCGCUCAGCCACGGCUUGAUUCGCGAGUACACGCCCACUCGCAGAGCAACGCUUUCACCUCAACCCGGUCGAAUUCAUCACGUGGCCAUUCGAUUUCGGACUCCAGGACAGGCAUGCCAACAAGAACGACCGGAGCAACCCAAGGAUCCGAUUUAUGGCCUGUUCAACAGCAUGCUCAUAUGCCGCAGAGCGACUUGAUCAAUGCCGCAAUGGCUCUGGAAGAAGAAGCGAGGAUACUACGACACUUGGCGCUCCAAGAAAAGAACCAUGUACCUGAACAACAAGCUGGCGAUCAACAAAAUCUUCUUGUUCAGUCACCACUCGUCGAUCCCUCUCAGCAAUUCGAUCCCACAACUUUCUUCCGCGCAGACGGCACAAUGCGAGACGAUCUCACCCCAGUGAUGGGCGGACAAGUCGCGAAUUGGUGGAAUCUAUCAGGGCAGAAUCAGCAGCCUUUGUAUGAUCAUGCUCUGGAUGGUACUAUCCCAAACUUUGCGCUGUCCAUCAACACAAAUCAGUUGCCAGGGGAAAUUCCGGGUGGCGUAGAUGAUAGCUCACCUUCAGCGACGUCUGGGAAAGCACCAGGUCGAAUGCAGCGAGCUUUCCAGGGUCAGCUUGAUCCGAGGACGGAGGGAGGCAGUUUGGGGUAG